AUGUCCGUUAUUUAUCAUGUUUCAUUAACAGAGCGGCCGUCAUAUGCUCCGCCUCCUACCCCGGCACCAGCAGCACAAUUGCCCAGCACACCAGGGUUUGUGGGAUACAAUCCAUACAGCCAUCUUGCCUACAACAACUACAGGCUGGGAGGGAACCCAGGCAGCAACAGCAGGGUAACGGCCUCAUCUGGGAUUACCAUCCCAAAACCACCAAAGCCCCCGGAUAAGCCACUGAUGCCAUACAUGAGGUACAGCCGAAAGGUCUGGGACCAAGUGAAGGCUUCCAACCCUGACCUUAAGUUGUGGGAGAUUGGCAAGAUCAUUGGUGGGAUGUGGCGUGACCUAACCGAUGAGGAGAAGCAAGAGUACUUGAACGAAUAUGAAGCUGAAAAGAUCGAGUACAAUGAAUCAAUGAAAACCUACCACAACUCGCCUGCUUAUCUCGCUUACAUCAAUGCCAAAAGCAGAGCCGAAGCUGCCCUAGAGGAAGAAAGUCGCCAACGUCAGUCCCGCAUAGACAAAGGAGAACCUUAUAUGAGUAUUCAGCCAGCAGAGGAUCCUGAUGACUAUGAUGAUGGUUUUUCUAUGAAGCACAGUGCUGCUGCACGGUUCCAGAGGAAUCACCGGUUAAUCAGUGAGAUCUUGAGUGAAAGCGUAGUCCCAGAUGUGAGGUCUGUGGUCACAACAGCCAGAAUGCAGGUUCUUAAAAGACAAGUCCAGUCCCUCAUGGUGCAUCAGCGGAAACUGGAAGCUGAGUUAUUGCAGAUUGAAGAUCGUCAUCAGGAGAAGAAAAGGAAGUUCUUAGAAAGUACUGAAGCUUUCAGCAAUGAGCUUAAACGGUUGUGCAGCCUAAAAGUGGAGGUGGACAUGGACAAGAUUGCGGCAGAAAUAGCCCAGGCUGAGGAACAGGCUCGCAAGCGGCAGGAGGAACGAGAGAAGAGAGCAGCAGAGCAAGCUGAGCGCAACCAGAUUCAAGCAGCUGCCACGGCAGCCGAGGAGGAGCAAGAAGCACCAAAGUCUGAAGAGAAGACAGAAGAAGAAGAAACUGCCAUGGAGACGGAGGACACCCCAUCUCUGCCCCCUGCAGAAGAAACUAGCGAGAGCCAGCAGAAUGGAGAGGAGGGGACAUCAACUCCUGAAGACAAGGAAAGUGGACAGGAGGCUGUGGACAGGACACUGGAUGAAGGAACUAGUGACAGCAACACAGGAUCUGAGACCAACAGCGGAACCGUUGAAGAGCCUACGGCGGAUCAGACCACAGAGGAGCCAGAACGAAAGGAAUGAGCGUCCUUUUACAUUUACCAAAUGCUGCUUUUUAAUAUGUGGCCCAAAGCUUGGUUAGGCAGGAAGCCUGUAGUCAUUCCUAAAUUAUAACAUUUGUGACUUCCAAACAAGAGAACGCUACAAAAA